AAACACUAUCCCAAGUUUUUAUUUUUAGUUAUAUAAUAUCAUAUAUAUUGCGGAAAUGAAAUUUAGUUUUGGAAUAUGUUUCCAAGGUAUGAGGUUAUUAAUAUUCUUCAAAUUGGGUCAAAUAUCUUCUAUUCGUUCUCUCUUGUGGUGCUAGGUGUAUCUUGUCAUGCAGCAGGUCUUGCUUUCUCCUUUUUCUCACUUGUUCCCACGUUUUCAUUGUUAUUAGAGACUAGUUAAUAGACUAUUUUAUUCACACAAACCUAGGUUUGUAAUGCCUGUGGUUGGAAACAGAAAGAUAGUUCUUACUUGGGGCGUAUGAGAUGUGUUUUAUUCCUCAGUGGAAUGUUUUUAAGAACGAUCAAUAUAUUUGAAUAUCUCAUUUUUCCUAAAUUGGGUCUGAUGGAACAUGGUAUACAGAGUACUCAUGUUUUGUAUUCAUCUGAGAAACUAGAAUCACACGGUGCCCACUUGCGUAACUAAAGUAGGAAGAGAGUCAAGAGCCACAAACAUAUCUUUUUUAAGAUUUCUGACUGUCUAUGUUGAAAUCUUGGUCGCUGCCGAUUCAAAUUGUUCAUAGCAAUGCAAAGAGAUCAGAAUGCAUGUGUUUGAGAAAAAAAUAUGGAGGAUUCGAGGGAGAGACUUGUACGGUUAGGGCAAGACGAGACGCUAGAAUUUCCCUUAACCGGAAACAGAGACAUCACAACGGUCGAUAACGUAGCAAUUCAAUCCACCCAACAAGACCUACCAGUAGCACCAGUUGGUGGGUUAUGCUGGUUAUGGUAUCAUGAUGACUACUUUUCAUACUUGUCGUUGUAUAGGUUCAGGACGUUUAACAAAAUCAGAGAGAGGUUAACGAGGACCGAACCUCAUGAAGAAAAAUUACAAGAAGAAGAAUGUCAACGGCCACAGCCAGCUCUUCCUAAGGCUAGACCGAGACGAGAUCCUCCUCCUCGAGUAUCUCGACGAUCCUCACAGGUAUCUCCACCUAUUUAUCUACGCCAUAGGUUUCAGCCACGGUCACGUAAGGACUCUUCUUCUCGACGCUAA